AUGGUACAACUCAACAGAGACAUAAUUUUAAUGAUAUUAGAACAAUUAAAAGAUGAUAAACCAUCUCUUCGUUGUUGCCUUCUAGUAAAUAGAACUUGGUGUGAAAUUACGGCACCCAUGUUAUGGAAAACACUCGGGAGAAAACGUCUACCUGAUAAUGUAAAGACUAAAUUAUUUAAUGUAAUAAUUUCACAUUUAUCUGAAGAUUCGAAAGGUAUUUUGAAAGAGCAAGGAAUCGAUACGGAAGAUUAUGGACCACCUUUAUUUAAUUAUAUUAGUCUUUGGAGACAUUUGAAUUUACGACUUUUAGAUGAUAUGAUUUAUUUAAGAAAAACUAAAGAUUCAAAUAUGAAUAUUAUAAGAAAUGAAAUUUAUAAAUUGUUUAUUAACAAAAAUUCAAAGUUUAUUUCACUCUUUAUUCCAGCUAAGUUGGAAAUUCAAAUUGACAAUUUUCCGGAUGCUGAUAAAUGUUUUUCGUUUCUCGAACUAUUUAAGUGUGAUAGCAGUAUCAAGAAACCUAUCUUAAUAGGAAUGUCUAAUAUAAUUACUUCAAUUAAAAAAAUUAAAAUUGAAAACUUGUAUCACGGAAAGAUUGUUAAUUCUGGAUUCGAUAAAUUAAUUAAAGCUCAGAAAAACUUGAAGCAAGUCUGCUUAUUGGGUGAUUCAAAAAAGAAGAAUGAAAUAUCACUCGAAGAUUUGUUAAAAAAUAAUGUUAAUCAUAUUCAACAUAUAAAUUUAGGUUGGAAUCCUAAUACGGAAUUUCUUUCACAUUUUGCAAAUUUAAUAAGUUUGAAAAUUUAUAUGAAAUCUAAUAACCUUGAGAAUAAUCAUUUUCAUUUAAAAUCUUUAAAUUUACCUAAUAUAAAAUAUUUAAAAAUUUCUGGUGUACCAGUAGAAAUAUUAGCAGAUAUGAUAGAUAAUUCGGGUGGUCAUCUGGUUGAAAUUAAUAUCAAAGAAACUAAUGAUAGACUCAUCAAAUCAAUUUAUAAAAAAUGUAAAAAUCUUAAAUAUCUUGAAUUAUCAAUUGAAAAUAAGAAUCUUUUAGAAUUUGAGAAUUUAUUAAUUAAUUGUAAAUAUUUAUGUGGUUUAGUUAUCGAUAAUGAUAGUUCUAUUGAUAUCAAUAGUUUAUUUGAAAUUUUAUGUAAUUCUUCCCCGGUUGGUUUAUAUAAAUUCAAAUUUGCUUAUUAUGCGAAAUUUAAUUUAGAACCCUUGGAAUCGUUUUUUAAAGAUUGGGAUAAAAGGCAUCCAAUGUUAUUAAAAUUAAACACUUUUUGGAUGAAAAAGGCGCUUCAAUCUCAGAAACUUUAUCGAGAAAUUUGUAAUAUUGUAGAAAGAUAUAAAUCAAAAGGAACAGUAAGAAAAAUUGAAUUUCUUGAUUGUGAUAAUUUUUUAGAAGAUAUUGAUAGUUUAGAAUGGUUAAAGAAAAAAUCUCGACUUUAUAGAGAAUAUUAG